GCGGCCCAGCCCCUGAGUCACCCGCUCCGCUGCUCAGCCGCUCCCGGCACGGGCAGGAAAAGGCGGCCACCAUGAACCGCCUGGGCAAGAGGGGCAAUGAGACCCUCAUCGAGAUGUCGCUGUCGGCGGACGGGGAAGAAUGCAAUGGACCCUUAGGUGAAACUAUUUCAACUGCAGGAUCGGAAAUCCCAAGCAGCUCUGAGGGCCUAAGCAGCACUGAGACUACUUUACUCAUCCCUGAGCAUCAAGUGAUUGAUAAAAGACAUCAAAGCAAAGAUUCUAUUUUCUUCAGGGAUGGUGUCAGGAGAAUCGAUUUUGUUCUCUCCUAUGUGGAUGAUUUUAGUAAGGAAUUGGAAAAAAAGUUGGAAAGAAGAAAAGAAUUUGAGAGCAAUCUGCAAAAAGCAGGUUUGGAACUAGAAACAGAAGACAAGAAGGAAUCUGAAGACGGCAAGAUCUUCUUCGUGAAGAUCCACGCGCCGUGGGAGGUCCUGAUCACGUACGCCGAAGUGCUGAACAUCAAGGUCCCCAUCAAGGAAAAUGACAUUCCCUCCACGGUGGAGAACCCCCUGGACUGCAUGCUUUUCCCACUCAGGCUGCCCGAGAAGGUGAUGCACCCCGAGCCCGAUUACUUCACGGCCCCGUUCAGCAAGGACAAGCAGGAGCUGUACCUCAUAAACGACGAGAGCACUUUCUUCUCGCCGUCCAUGAGAAACAGAAUAGUUAAUUAUAUCCUCACACGUUGCCCUUACGGGACAGAAGAAGGGAAGAAGAAGUUUGGGAUUAAGAGGCUGCUGAACAAUGGCACCUAUACAGCUGCAUAUCCUCUUCACGAUUGCCAGUACUGGAAGAAGGCAAAUGAUCCCAACUGUGACAACGAGAGGUACACGCUCUACAUGGAGUGGGCGCGUUUCCUGCGCUUCUACAAAGAGCAGCCUUUGGACCUCAUCAGGAAGUACUAUGGUGAGAAGAUUGGAAUCUAUUUUGCCUGGCUGGGGUUUUACACUGAGAUGUUAUUCCUUGCAGCAGUUGUUGGCUUAAUCUGUUUUCUUUAUGGCUUGUUUACAAUGGAUGAAAAUAUGAGCAGCAAAGAAAUCUGUGACCCUGCAAUUGGAGGAGAGAUCAUCAUGUGCCCUCUUUGUGACCAGGAGUGCGAGUACUGGAGGCUGAACACCACCUGCGAGUCCUCACAGUAUUCCCAUUUGUUUGACAACGUGGCAACUCUUUUUUUUGCCAUUUUCAUGGGCAUAUGGGUUACACUUUUCUUGGAGUUUUGGAAGAGGCGGCAAGCCAGACUGAAAUACGAGUGGGAUUUGGUUGAUUUUGAAGAGGAGCAGCAGCAACUCCAGCUGAGGCCUGAGUACGAGGCAAAAUGCACCCAAAAGAAGAGGAACCCUGUCACUCAGGAGAUGGAGCCUUAUUUGCCUUUAACCAGCCAGGCUGUGCGGUUCUGCAUCUCAGGAACUACAGUGUUGUUCUGGGUGUCCCUGAUCAUCGCCAGCAUGAUAGCUGUCAUCGUGUACCGCCUGGCGGUGUACGCAGCCUUCGCCAGCCUCAUGGAGAACACCCAGACCUUGCAGCCCAUCAGCGGGCUGCUCACCCCUCAGCUGGCAACCUCAGUCACCGCCUCGUGCCUCAAUUUUGUCAUCAUCAUGAUACUGAACUUCUUCUAUGAGAGAAUAGCCAUCUGGAUUACUGAUAUGGAGAUCCCCAGAACUCACAUGGAGUAUGAGAACAGGCUCACUAUGAAAAUGUUUUUGUUCCAGUUUGUCAACUACUAUUCAUCCUGCUUCUACGUGGCCUUCUUCAAAGGGAAGUUUGUUGGUUACCCAGGUGCCUACACAUACAUGUUCAAUCGCUGGAGAAAUGAAGAGUGUGACCCCGCGGGCUGUCUGAUAGAACUGACGACACAGCUCACCAUAGUCAUGGCUGGCAAACAGAUCUGGGGGAACAUCCAAGAGGCCUUUGUACCCUGGAUUUGUAACUGGUGGGGUCGUCGGAAAGCCAGAAAUAAUCCCGAAAAUUUGUACAGUCGCUGGGAGCAAGACCAUGACCUGCAGACAUUUGGAGCCUUAGGCCUGUUCUAUGAAUACUUAGAAAUGGUCAUUCAGUUUGGAUUCAUCACCCUCUUCGUGGCAUCCUUUCCCCUGGCUCCCCUUCUUGCCCUGAUGAAUAAUAUCCUGGAGAUUCGAGUGGACUCCUGGAAAUUAACCACCCAGUACAGGAGACCUGUGGCUGCCAAAGCACACAGCAUAGGGGUCUGGCAGGAAAUCCUGAAUGGAAUGGCCAUCCUGUCCGUUGUCACUAAUGCUUUUAUUGUGGCAUUCACAUCAGAUAUGAUCCCUCGUUUAGUUUACUACUAUGCUUAUUAUGAAGAUGAAGACUCACCUAUGUCUGGGUACAUAAACAACAGUCUGUCAGUGUUUCUAAUCUCAGAUUUUCCUGACAGAAACAAACCUAAAGAGAAUCCAGAAAACUUCGUCAUAUGCAGGUACAGAGACUAUCGAUAUCCUCCAGAUCAUGAGAGGAAAUACUUGCACAGUAUGCAGUUCUGGCACAUUCUUGCUGCAAAGCUGGCCUUUAUAAUCAUUAUGGAGCAUGUUGUGUUCAUCGUCAAAUUCUUUGUAGCCUGGAUGAUUCCUGAUGUCCCUGCAGAUGUGAAAGCCAGAAUAAAACGGGAGAAGUAUUUAACACAAAAAAUCCUGCAUGAGUAUGAACUCGAAAAACUGAAGGAGAGACUGUGCCAGGGUGAUAAACGAGCCACGGAGAAAGAGUUCAUCGCCACGGAAGGGAGAAUGGAGCUAUCCAGAGCAAUGUAGCCCUGAAACCAACUGUUUGGGAUUCAGCUCAUUUUAGCUUUGUUUUUUUGUAAUCUGUGGUCUGCUCAGUAUGCAUCCUGCUGAAAGCUGUAGGAGGGUUCAAUCCUUUGCUUUCAGUCCAAAGAUUUUAGGCUUUUCUUUAAAAGCUUUACUGAGCUUUCAAGGUUUAGGAAAUCAACUGUUUGACUUCAGCACUGGUUUUUAUUUGCCCAUGACUUUGACUAAAGAACUGUAAUCUUGUAAUCCCAGAAUUUGGACACCUGGUAUGGGGAUUGUUACCUUCAAAGGGCUCACAGGAUAUGAUAAGGUCAUUACCACCAAGCCCUCCCCCUGUUGCUAACUGCAAAGUUCCAGGCUGAAUGAAAGGGAUAUCACAGAGGACUGCUCUGUGGAAAAUGCUGAGAAUUAUUAUUUUGUUAUGUGAUCAUUUAAAUAGGAGGACACUCCUGAUACAAGGGGCUGAUUUGGGGCUUUUUUUUUUUUUUUUUUAUAUCCACUAUGUCUUAUGAAACAUUGGUUUGCAGCUUUGAACUUCUAUAUACUUUGUAGAAGGAAUUGAUUUUUAAAGUUGGCUUAAUUCCACUUGGAAUUAUAUAUAGGCACAGAAUUCAGUUGAUACGUACUAGUGAAGUAAACAAAAAGCCAUAAUUUAUUUUUAUAAAGAUAUAAUUUGCCAAAGAGUUUACUCUUUAAAUGUAGGUAUUGUGGAAUCAUCUAAUUGCAGUGGCUCUUGAAAA